AUUGUAAGUAAUUUUGUGACUAUUUAUUUUACACGUUAUGGUGACAAUACAUAGGUGGUUUACAAUGCUUACUAUUCCGAAGAUAAUCAUUCAUCUUGUUAGGCUAGUUUUCAUUGUCUCAUACAAAUGAAAAUCUAUUGUCAGAGCGUCUGAUACAACUGGCGUAAACAGAUUUAUAUCAUUGGGAGGAAUAAAAGCGUUGAGAUUAUCACCCACGAUGGUCAGACAGCAAAAGGAAAAUGGUGUUACAAAGACCCUCCCCGAUGACAACGUGUAUUCAAAGAAGCGAGAUGCUAGUGUUACGACUGCCAUUCUAUCUCUUCUCACUGUUGCUUUAGCCGUGAUGUGUGCUGUCUUUCGAACCACUCUCCUUCACCAUGGUCAGAUAUUCUGGUCUACAUCCGGGGACUGCAUAGCGAAGCAGUGGGGUAGAUUCUAUGAUUAUUUCGAAGGAAACCAAGUCAAGAUGGGUUUAGUUCUUCAUGGCUACUCUAUCAUAGAGCACUGGUUUGUAGGGUGUAUGUUCUUAAUCAUGGAUCUUACUGGUAAACCAAAGUUUAUCACCAAACUAAAGAUUCAAGCUGAUCAGACCGAGAUUCCUACAGGUAAACUGAUUCGAACCCUGUGGACAGUAUUCCUAAACCAAACCAUCUUCAGUCUACCUAUUCUGAUUGCUAUUCAUUACAGUAUGGGAUUAAGAGGAAGCGGGGUUACAGUAGAUGAGCUACCAACAUUCAAUACCGCCCUCUUUCAGCUAGCUGUAUGUGUGGUGGUGGAAGAAAUAGGCUUCUAUUAUACUCAUAGACUGCUUCAUCAUCCAUCGAUGUAUAAAACAUUCCAUAAGAAGCAUCAUGAAUGGACUGCUCCGUUUGGUAUGGUCUCCCUCUACAGUCAUCCAUUCGAUUACUUUCUCUCUAAUACCUUCCCUGUGGCUCUGGGCUCAAUCAUCUCAGGAUCUCACAUGCUUGUUACAUCAAUCUGGUUUAGGAUAACUCUCUUCGUUACCAUAGUUACUCACUCGGGUUAUUAUCUUCCAUUCCUUCCCUCGCCAGAGUAUCAUGACUUUCAUCAUUUCAAAUUCACAAAUAACUAUGGUGUUCUUGGUGUGUUGGACUGGCUUCAUGGAACCGAUGACCAUUUCAGGAAAUUUAAAGAACUCCAAAAACGUCAAACAAUUCAAUGAAUGCUGAUUCUUGAUCACAAACUAAUUGAAAAACAUGAAGUAAAUCAGCAAAAUUGAUUAUGAAUACUUGUUUAAAGGCACCUUUUAAGUCCGAUUGUAAUUCCGCAAUAAAUAUUGUGCUCGCGUUGUGCAGUGAAGCGCUAUAAAAAAAAAUGUAAAGGGAUGUUGUGUUUUUGCGACUGUUUGAAUGAUACGUUGGAGAGAUCCUACACGGAUGACAAAUUUUGACUACUUCGUGUUAAAUAAUAAAUUGUUUAAGUUUAAUGGUCAUUUUGUUGGGGAAUACGGUGUAUAGUAAUAUAAUUUGAGCAAGAAUUUUUCAGCGAUGUCGAGAUAUCGUCAAGGUGUAGGCUUACCCAUGUCGAACUUUAUUAUUCCUGUAGUUUGACUUCCUACAUAUUGCAAAAUAUUUUCGUUUUCCUUUUGUAAGGUUACAAAACGAUUCUUAAGUCUAAAUCAUGGGCGUCACUCCGUACUUGGGUGGGGGUGGGCACAGUUCCUCGUCGCCUUUCCAGCUACUAUAAAAGUUCUAACUCAUUAUAUGCUAUACUCCCAGCCGCGCUCUCUCUCACGGUAUGCUCUAUAACGCUGUUUUGUUUCGUUGGUUAAAUAUAUUGCAUUUUUAUUAGCAUUAUAAGAAUAAGUAGUUUAUUAAUAGUUGUGAUUAGUCCGUGGAAUUAUAAUUUUUCCUAUCUACUUUUAUUUCUAUCAAGAAAGUGUGAAUCUAUAUACAUAAACAAUCAUAGUUUGGUUGUAAUAUUUUUUCCUUUUCUUCAAACCAAAUUUAGUUCGCAUUUUUUUUUUUUUUUUAAAGACAAGAAUACAAAUGUGUUUAUACGAAUGAGAAUAUGUAUCUCAUAAGGCCUAUUAAGUAAGUAAUACGAGUGCGAAGCCCGAGCUGAAACUUUUACUCCACUGAACUAGAAAAGAAGCAUAUUAAAAGGUCUCGCUAUGACGCGUGUGAUGUCUCCGUCUCUCUUUCAGUAUCUGCCUGUCUUUCUCUCCCCAUAUCUCAUUUCUCGGUCUGUUCCCUCUCUCCCUUCUCUGUCUCUCUCCUCUUUCUUACUUUCUCUAUGAGCAUCUUUCUGACUUUCUGUUCCUCUGUGGUUGUCUCCCCUGUACCCCUCUCCCCAUCCUUUUAUAUUCUCCUCUUCAUUUAAUACAAUCUCCUCUUUUAUCAUCCUUCCUUCCUUCCUUCUUUCUUUCUUUCUUUCUUUCUUUCAUCUCUCUCUUCUUCUUUUUUCUUCCUCAACCUAGACGGUGGCGAGUAUAUAAUUACAGAGUUUGCAAAAAAAUGUCAUUGAUUAUAAAACAUUUAAUAUAGUUAUACAAAGUAUUUGGUACUAUUUUUUGUACAAAUAUAUUUAUCAUUACAGUUGGUUUAUACAUAAGUUCAAAAACACCAAUAUGGAUUAUAACAUUAGUUUUCAUGAACCAAUGACUUGGAACAAUACAACAACGCGCCUAUAUAGUCAUCUACAUGCAUUUAAGUGAAACAUCAUUAAGACAAAAGUGGAUGGAACUUGAUAGGUUAUCUAGCAAAUUAGACAUAUUUUCAGAGCAUGAUAAACUGUAUGUCCCAAUUCUGUAAACUACAUAUAUCUUAAUUAUCAGAGAAUGAAAUACAUGAUGACAGCAUGAUUUUAUUAUUCCUUUAAUAAUCGUAAGAUGCACACGGAAACAUGUUCUCAUGCUCUUCCAAACUUAAACCAAUUCAGGAACAACAAUGUUCCAAAGUUGUUUUGUUUUAAGUGAAAUUCGUUUUCACCAACAUCAAUACUGACGAUGUGAUCAACCAUGAAUCCAAGAAAAAUAUAACAAACAUAAACGAUGAAGAAUUUAAAAAAAAUUAUAGCUCCUAAAUUCCAUAAUGAAUACAUAAACUCGAGAUAGACUUGCAUAAAUGAAAUAUCCUUCAAUUUCCAUUUUUCUUCAGUCCGAGAAAGCUUUGAAAUAUUUUUAAUGAAUGAUUUGGUUUUGUGAUACAUAUUCAGAAUAUUAUGACUUCACAGACGGAAAUUGGACAUAGUGUAUUCAAGGCUAAACUUCCCCUUUAAGACUACAUUUAAGUAAUGUACCGACAUAAGCAUGUGUCCACCAGUUAAAGUACAGCUAACACAAAAUAGCAACAUGAGAAAAAAUAAGAAAAAACAAUAAAGAGAAUUUUGGCACACUUGAUCUUAAGACAAUUAUUGCAUAUACACGAGUUGAUCAUCAAUUUAUUUACAUAAUUGCAUUAAACAAAUCAAAUAUCUUGAUUUUAUGAUUCAUUAAAAAAUAACCCCGCAUAUCUCUGCAACUAAAGCUCAGAAGCGUUAUUCUGUACAGAGCCAAUGGCAUAUGAGGCAUCUAUGACUUCAUAUAAAUAACUCUAUUUUUUUUUAAUUAGCAAAAUAGUCUGGACAAAUUUACCAUAUAUGAUUCAUGACAUCAUAAUAGAAUCAUGUUUUGUGUUACUGUGGUCAAUUAUUUACAUACUGCAAUGUCUGUAAACUUUGGAAAAUAUUGUUCAGUUCUGUCAUAUACAUGUAUCUCAGUGAGG